UCUCGGUCCACAACUCAGUACCACAUAUAUUUUCAUUCAUCUUGUUCUUGUGUUCAUUCAGCUCCUGGCUUCAGAUGGGUACUUGAACGAGCUUGCACUAAUCCACAAAAAUGGCUGCACUUUCCUUAAACUCACUUGUCUGCUUCACCUCAUCACUGCCUAAUUACCAUCACACAUCAAGAAUUGAUGUUGGAGCUUCUGUACAAAAUGCUGCUCAUUUGGUUUCUCAUCCUCGGAUAGUUGGAUUACGAACAAAACUAAAAAAACUAGAGCCUUUUGUUUUAUUUGCUAGUGGGGAUAAUAUUGCUGUAGAUACCAGUGAUAAGGGUUCUGGAAAUGCCGAAGUAUCACUAUCAGAUAAUCAACCCUCGGCAGAGAAUUUACCAUCCUCAGGUACCUCAGAAGAUAGUCAGUCUUUAGCUAGUUCGAACCUUCAGGUGCAGUCCCAGACCUCAAAGGAUUCUAAUGGAGCAGUUGUUACUUCUGAGCAGAAAGAGGAAAACUCUCCUGCUAACCUAAAAUCUACGCCAAUAAGAUCAUCACGCUUAACUGCAAGAGAGAAACUAAGGGCAGCCCGAAUUCUCAGCCGUAAACCAGAACCCAAGAAACCACCUAAGCUGCAACUUGGAAGCCAAGUACUAGAGGUGCUGAGAGAAAGUGAUAAAGGGAAAAGAAGGCCUGGGCUUCCUGAAGCACCAACAAACAUGUUGGACGACAGCAAAAGAGGGAUGCCAAAAAAGGGUCUCACUUUUGAGUUACCGGGAGGGAAUGAAGUUUUCUUCAUCAUACUUUCAGUUGUUUUAAUCAGCACGGUGAUGUUUUCAACUACAUACAUAGUGUGGAAAGUUGGCGCCAUUCACUUCAACGAGAACUGAGCUUGGUAUGUGAUUUAUCUUCAUUCCUAAGAGCAAUCAAAAAUCUUGAUAUACAGGUGGUCUCUUGUAGGUAAUCCAGAUUACUUUUCAUGGGUAGAAUCGUUUUCAUGAUCUUCUGAGCAAUAUAUACUGAAUGUACAAAUUAGAUUGCCAACCAACAAAUAUCCAAGUCUAUAUCUGUCAAGCGUUCGACUGCUUUAUAAAUCUGUAUUAUGCACACAUUUUACUUUGAAGUAUGAAGAUUAUACGCAGACACUAUUUUGUUUGAGGGACUAAGGACCUCAACAACCUGAGUGUUUGAUCCUUUUCCCGCA